AUGAAGAAAAGACGCAUCCAUCCUCCUAAAAAGAAUGUUCCUAAAUUUGUUGACUUUCCAGACGAAAUAUGGCUUCAGAUAUUUAAGUCUUUAUCAACUUUUGAUCUUUUGAAGUUUCAAUUGUUAAACAAAAGGAUGAAUAAUCUAAGCAACAAAAUAUUAUGGCAUUCGAUCUAUGUUUAUCAUGGGUCAGAUAGUCGUGCAGGAACGCGCUGGCAAAACCAUGCAUGGAUGAGUAUGGCCUCAUUUUUGCAUUUGUCAAGAGGUAGAAAGCUCAAGCUGCAGUUUAUGAGGCAAUUGACCUUUCAUAAUUCGGACUACAUGUCGUCAAGAUGGCUAGGUAGGUUAGCUUACGAACUUAUUAAGUGUUCAAUAAGCUUUUCAAAGCUCACUCAUUUCACGUACCCAACCAAGCAUGUUUGGACAAAUGUUGGUCACUUUUACGUAUCAGCCAAAAGUCAAAAGAUAGACGAAUUGCCAGAUAUUCAUCUGAUCAAGAGUUUAAGAAUUGACGGGGUAGAUGAAGAGUUCUAUCGAGAUUGGUUACCACGUUUUACCCUGCUAAAGUCCCUCUAUAUUGAUCAACCUAAACCGUUCAAAGUGAAGAAAAAGCUUCGUUUAAAAAAUCUAUUUCUAGGGAAUUCUAGUGCUGAGUCCAUAAUUUAUGAUAUGGUACCAAAUUUUGACUUUCUGGAAUUGGAAUCAUUACUGAUUCGAACACACCCUCGAAAUUGGAGGCGGCUUAGUCAGGGACUAUUCUCAAUCAAGGUGAUUGAGCUUGAGGACACAAUAAAGCAUUUGCCGUAUUACUCUCUAGAAGAGGUCCAUUACCUUAAGGAUAUCCCGAAAACGGACUUGCAGUUCUUACUCUACCAUCCAAUAAUAUAUUUAUCAGUAAAUAGUCCUUCGAAUCCCGAUCCAUCCAAGAUGACACUAGUGAAUAAAAUUCCCACUUUAAGAAAAUUGAAGUUAGGCAAUAACAGAUAUAGAGUUGAUCGAUCAAGCGGUGAUAUUCGAUACAUUAAAGUGAAAACAAACUAUGAUUUCGAGUAA